GGCAACCGGAAGCGGGCUGAGCCGCCGUCUCGGAGCGCUGCCCGCACUUCCGGGGGCCUCGAGCCGGGCUCUCUGGAGUGUUCCGGUAGGCGGCGCGGGAGGAAAAGGAGGCGAGAGGGGCCGGGCCGGGCCGGGCGGAUCCCCUUCGCUCCCAAUGUGAGCAGUGUCCCGAGCCCCCGUCAGGCGAAGGCUGCCCAGAGAGGUGGAGCCGGUGGCCGGGCCGGGAACAUGAGGCGGUGUGUCCUCUUCUGGACCAGCGUGGUUCCCUUGGUGCUGGCGCCGCGACCUCCGGAGCAGCCCCCGCAGCGACUGGAAAACCUUGAUUCUUUACUCUCAGACUACGAUAUCCUCUCUCUAUCCAAUAUCCAGCAGCACUCAGUAAGAAAAAGGGAUCUACAGGCCUCAACACAUAUAGAAACACUACUGACUUUUUCAGCCUUGAAAAGGCAUUUUAAAUUGUAUCUGACAUCAAGUACUGAACGCUUUUCCCAAAAUUUCAAAGUCGUGGUGGUAGAUGGUAAAGAUGAAAGUGAGUACACCGUCAAAUGGCAGGACUUCUUCAGUGGACACGUGGUUGGUGAGCCUGACUCUAGAGUUCUAGCCCACAUAGGAGAUGAUGAUAUGACGAUAAGAAUCAACACAGAUGGAGCAGAAUAUAAUAUAGAGCCACUUUGGAGACUAAUUAAUGAUACUAAAGACAAAAGAAUGUUAGUUUAUAAAUCUGAAGAUAUCAAGAAUGUUUCACGCCUACAGUCUCCAAAAGUAUGUGGUUAUAUAAAGGCGGAUAAUGAAGAGUUGAUUCCAAAAGGGCUGGUAGACAGAGAGCCACCUAAUGAGUUUGUUCAUCGGGUGAAGAGAAGAGCUGAUCCUAACCCAUUGAAGAACACCUGUAAAUUGUUGGUGGUAGCGGAUCAUCGCUUUUACAGAUACAUGGGCAGAGGGGAAGAGAGUACAACUACAAAUUACUUAAUAGAGCUUAUUGACCGGGUGGAUGACAUCUAUCGGAACACUUCAUGGGACAAUGCUGGUUUCAAAGGUUAUGGAAUACAGAUAGAGCAGAUCCGCAUUCUCAAGUCUCCACAAGAGGUGAAACCUGGUGAAAGGCACUAUAACAUGGCAAAAAGUUACCCAAAUGAAGAAAAGGAUGCUUGGGAUGUGAAGAUGUUGCUGGAGCAAUUUAGCUUUGAUAUAGCUGAAGAAGCAUCUAAAGUCUGCCUAGCACAUCUUUUUACGUAUCAAGAUUUUGAUAUGGGAACUCUUGGGUUAGCGUAUGUUGGUUCUCCCAGAGCAAACAGUCAUGGAGGUGUUUGCCCAAAGGCUUAUUAUAGUCCAAUUGGAAAGAAGAAUAUCUAUUUGAAUAGUGGUUUGACCAGCACAAAAAAUUAUGGUAAAACCAUCCUUACAAAGGAAGCUGACCUGGUUACAACUCAUGAAUUGGGACACAACUUUGGAGCAGAACAUGAUCCGGAUGGCCUAGCGGAAUGUGCUCCAAAUGAGGACCAGGGCGGAAAAUAUGUUAUGUAUCCCAUAGCUGUGAGUGGAGAUCACGAGAACAAUAAGAUGUUUUCAAACUGCAGUAAACAGUCCAUCUAUAAGACCAUCGAAAGUAAGUCCCAGGAGUGUUUUCAAGAGCGAAGCAACAAAGUGUGUGGGAACUCCAGGGUGGAUGAAGGAGAGGAGUGCGAUCCUGGCAUCAUGUACCUGAACAAUGACACGUGCUGUAGCAGCGACUGUAUGCUGAGGGCAGGUGUGCAGUGCAGUGACAGGAACAGUCCUUGCUGUAAAAACUGUCAGUUCGAGACCGCCCAGAAGAAGUGCCAAGAGGCUAUUAAUGCUACUUGCAAAGGCGUGUCUUACUGCACAGGUAACAGCAGUGAGUGCCCGCCUCCUGGAAAUGCUGCAGAUGACACCGUGUGCUUGGAUCUCGGCAAGUGUAAAGAUGGGAAGUGCGUUCCUUUCUGUGAGAGGGAGCAGCACCUGGAGUCCUGUGCAUGUAAUGAGACGGACAACUCCUGCAAGGUGUGCUGCCGGGACCCCUCGGGCCGGUGUGUGCCCUACGUGGACGCUGAACAAAAGAACUUAUUCCUGAGGAAAGGAAAGCCCUGUACGGUGGGCUUUUGUGACAUGAAUGGCAAAUGUGAGAAACGAGUACAGGAUGUCAUCGAGCGAUUCUGGGAUUUCAUUGACCAGCUGAGCAUCAAUACUUUUGGGAAGUUUUUAGCAGACAACAUCGUAGGUUCUGUCCUGGUUUUCUCCUUGAUAUUCUGGAUCCCCUUCAGCAUUCUUGUCCAUUGCGUGGAUAAGAAGCUGGAUAAGCAGUAUGAGUCUCUGUCUCUCUUCCACCCCAGCAACGUGGAGAUGCUGAGCAGCAUGGACUCGGCCUCGGUCCGCAUCAUCAAGCCCUUUCCCGCGCCCCAGACACCCGGCCGCCCACAGCCCCUGCAGGCCGCCCCGGUCCCGCCGUCGAUGCCUGCGGCACCCAAACUGGAGCACCAGCGCAUGGACACGAUCCAGGAGGACCCCAGCACAGACUCGCACGUGGACGAGGACGGCUUUGAGAAGGACCCCUUCCCCAACAGCAGCACAGCCGCCAAGUCCUUUGAGGACCUCACGGGCCGUCCGGUCACAAGAAGCGAGAAGGCCGCGUCCUUCAAGCUGCAGCGUCAGAACCGUGUGGGCAGCAAGGAGACGGAGUGCUAGGCUGCAGCCCCCGAGCUCGGGCUUCGGUGCGCAGGGUUUUUGAACCGUGGACUCGAAACCCCUGCGUCUAUUUUGUGAAGAUUUGGGAGAAAUAAGGGACUUCCCAGCAGAUGCUGGUCAUGUGUUUGGACUCCUUUACACACACAAAUUACUCCUUGUCCUUUGGAAGAGGUAAGGUGAAUCUAGCUUAUUUUGAGGCUUUCAGGUUUCAUUUUUUUGUUUUGUUUCUAAAAUAUCCUUCAACCUGUGGUGCAAAAGCAGAAAAUACAGCUGGAUUAGGUCUUGAAUAUUUACAUUUUUGUAAAUUAACCUUUUUAUCGAGAACAGCACUGAUUAAGGAGAUGAUCAGUUUUUUUUUUUUAUACACUGUAAUGAUCCGCUGACUAUUGGGAGGCAUUAGGCAGUUACUUGUGAGGACAACUGGAACACAGAUUUUAUUUUUUGCCUUCAGGUAAAGACAAAGGACAUAAACAGAGUUAAUAUGUUCUAGAAUGUGGGUUCUGUUUUUAGGCAUUACCCAGAGCUUUCAGUAGCAGGGAGAAUAACCCAGAUUAUUCCUAAAUUUAAAUGUGUUCAUUUUUUUUUUUCAAAUUCUAAGGUUAGCACUUCUAGGAUUAAAACACAAUCUAGCUUACAGAUAGCCAAAUUGAAUUUACAGGAUCUUGCCAAGUGUUCAGGGCUCCAGUCUGCUGGGCAGUUUGUUUCUUUCUGUCUGGUACUCGCCGUGCUCUUGAAAUGCGCCCUGUUCACAAAGCCUAAGCUGCUUCAGCGUGAGAGCAUGGUUGCCUCCUUGCAGACACUAGUGGCUAAGAGGGUACGUGAGCGAGUUCUCCUCAAAGCACAGCUGGUUUUGAAAGGCCGACGCGCUGUGCUGCGCAGGGAGGAAACGCAGCCUCUCCCUACACGGCUGGUUCCGAAAAUCCCUUUGUAGUGACCCACAGGUGGACAGGUGUGUCGCUUCUUGCUUUAGGGCUUCAG